AUGGCUAACGACGAUGAGUCUGGGGUGGGAGGCGACCCGCGACGCGCCCACGCGCGGGCCAUCACAACCGGCGACGCGGCGACCAACCGCGGGGCGCUCAACAAUCUCAUCACUCUCUACUCCAAGUCCGGCCGCCGCUGCGAAGCCCUCCGAGUCUUUCAAUCCAUCCCUUCCCCCAAUGUGGUUUCAUGGACUUGUCUCAUCUCCACAUUCCACGAUUCAACGCUCUCCUUCCGCCACUUCCUUUCCAUGCUGCGCCAUAUCCUCCCCAACAACCGUACUUUAGCCGCCCUCUUCAAAACCUGCGCCUCCCUUUCUGCUCUCUCCUUCGGCCUCCAGGUCCACUCCUUGGCGCGCAAGCUGGGGCUCUCGUCCGACCCGUUUACGGCGUCUGCGCUCGUUUCUUUUUACUGCAAGGUGGGGUUUGUUGAUCACGCACGGAAGGUGUUCGAUGAAAUGCUUGACAGAGAUGAGGUUUGUUUCUCGUCCAUGGUUGUUGGUUUGGCGCAGAAUUCGAGACCUAUUGAGGCUUUGUCUUAUUUUGCUGAGAUGAGGAGGGCUGGGGUGGCGUCCACUAUGUACAGUGUUUCGGGGGCAUUAAGGGCUGCUUCCGAGAUGGCUAUGUUUGAGCAGUGUAGAAUACUUCAUGGGCAUACAGUGAUGACCGGCCUGGAUUUGAAUGUUGUUGUGGGUAGUGCCCUGAUUGAUGGGUAUGGGAGAUGUGGGCUUGUUAGGGAGGCUCGCGCCAUGUUUGAUGAAUUGGAAAUGGUGUUGAAUGUGGUGGGAUGGAGCACGAUGAUGUCCGGGUAUGCACAACAAGGGGAUUUCAAGAAUGUGAUCGAGCUUCUCGGGUCGAUGCAAGAACGAGGCAUGAAACCUGAUCACUACAGCUUUUUAGCUGUUUUGACUGCAUUUUAUCAUGCAGGAUUGGCUGAAGAGGCAGAAAGAUGGUUCGGGAGGAUGAAGGAAGAGUACGGUUUGGAGCCCUGGCUCGAGCAUUAUACAUGUUUGAUUGGUGCUAUGGGCAAAGCGGGCGAACUGGAAUCAGCUGAGACGCUCGCAUUGACAAUGCCAUUCAAGCCGGAUGCAGCUGUCUGGCGUGCGUUGUUAUCAACGAGUGCGUAUCAUGGGAAGACCGACUUCGCUUGGAAGAUGCGAGACAAAUUGUUGGAGAUCAACCCUAAUGACGAUUCGGCUUAUGUCCUUUUAGCAAAUGCGUUUGCAAGUGCGGGGAGGUGGGACGAGGUGAAGGAAGAGUGGAAGACAAUGAAGGACAAGAGAGUAAGGAAGGAAGGCGGGAGGAGUUGGAUUGAAGUCUGUGGGGAGGUUCAUGUGUUUUUGGCCGAGGAUAGGACGCAUGAAAGGAGGGACGAGAUUUAUGGAAAGUUAGCUGAGUUGAUGGAAGGCAUUGAAAGGCUAGGAUAUGUGCCUGUGUGGAAUGAAAUGCUGCACGAAGUAGACGAGAAGCAAAAAAGAGAAGCACUUUGGUAUCACAGUGAGAAGCUGGCACUUGCAUUCGGUCUGUUGAGUGGAUCAACUCCGCCCGGUAAACCUCUGAGAAUUGUGAAAAAUUUGAGGAUAUGCAGGGAUUGCCAUGAAGCUUUCAAGUAUAUUAGCAGGGUAGUAGACAGGGAGAUUAUAGUCAGGGAUGUUAAUAGAUACCAUACAUUCUUGAAUGGUAGUUGUACUUGUGGGGAUAACUGGUAACCUAUUGAGAAUGAUGAUAGCUUUGCCCUUUGGCCAUGGAUAAUCCCAUUUCUUAGGCAUAA